UUAUUUAUGAUGAAACAAAGGAAUGAUAUUAUAAGAAAAUUGUUCGCAUUUACUUUCGGUUCCCAUCAUCGUAUAACGGUCAAAGGGCAUCGAGCUAAUUCAACGACUGUUCGAGACAUAUACGGCAAUCUUACGCCGCACUCAUCAUCCGAUCAGUGGCGUGAUGCUGGCGAACAGCUAAUCGAAAAGUAUUUUGCAUCAUCGAUGUUGCACCGACGUUCCAUUUUGGUCGAACUUGCGCAAAAUUUCGGUGUAGAUCAUGCAGUACUGAAACGAUCCAUCCAACUCUACCAUAAGAACGAACAAGCAUUUAUGAAUGUUGCUUCAGCAUCACGUCCAUAUUAUUUCCGACUUUUUCAAUCUAUCGGUAACGUAGCAGGCGGUGUGAAAAAGAUAUGUGCUAUGCGUGCUGAUGCUUUGGAAAUGCUUCGUUCUUUGGAUUUAACGCGAACUGAAAGUGCAGCGUUACGACCCGUCGAAAAUUGUCUUCGUGAAUUAUUGACACUUUGGUUUUGUCAAAGUAAUUUGCGUUUGCAGCAACUGACAAUUGAAUCACCAGGUGAUAUUCUUGACAAGGUUAUGAAAUGUGAAGCUGUUUAUCCAAUGGCCGAUUUGAUAGAUAUGAAACGUCGCCUUGGUCCUAAUCGACGUUGCUUUGUGUUUAUGCAUGAAGCCAUGGCCCGUGAACCGCUGGUUGUUGUUUACGCUGCAUUUAUGAAAAAGAUCGCCAAAAAUCUUGAAGAUAUAAUGAAUGGCACCGAUGUACUUGAAGAUGAAAAUGCGAGUGAUACGGCUAUGUUUUAUUCGAUAUCAUCAGCACAAGCCGGGUUGCGUGGUAUCGAUUUGGGCAAUAUGUUGAUAAAACGCGUAAUUGCUGAGAUUUCAAACACCAAUCCGCAUAUACGCAUAUUUGCGACCUUAUCACCUAUGCCUUAUUUUCGUUCUUGGCUUUUACGGUCCCUUAAAUGUGCAGCACCAUCUGGAGAUGUAAUUGAUGAAAGGUUAUUGGCAUUGUGUGAGGAAAAUGAAUUUUUUGAAGGCGACAUCAAAAUAGUCGAACUCGUACGACUGUUUUUAUUGGAUCAUCUGAAUAAGAUUAAUGUCACUAAGUAUGAAGAAGUUUCCGAGAUCCUUUUGCAUCUAGCGGUUCGGUAUUUGCUGGAAGUAAAACGUUCUGGUGCAGGACGUGUUUUUGAUCCUGUCGAAAAUUUUCAUUUGCGAAAUGGUGCGGAAAUUUAUGCAGUGAAUUGGAAAGCUGAUACAACCAUUAAAGGAAUGGAAAGUAGUUACGGUGUGAUGGUCAAUUAUCUAUAUCGAUUAGAUCAGGUUAUGAGAAAUUCAGCUCAAUAUAUUCAAAAAGGAGAAAUUGCAAUUAAUUCUCAGGCUCUAGCGCUGUUAUAAUAGGGACCCAAGAGCAUACCUUUAUACCGGAG